AUGGAGGCGGAAGCGGCGCACGCCUCGGCUCUCCUGCGCGGCCUGGCAGCGUUGCGCUCGGAGCGGGCGCUGCUGGACGUCACCCUCCUGGCCGGCACCGGCGAGGAGUUCGGGGCGCACCGGGCGGUGCUGGCCGCCGCCUCGGGCUACUUCCGCGCCAUGUUCGCCGGCGGCUUGCGCGAAGCCCGGGCGUCCCGGGUGAGGCUGCACGGCGUGGAGCCCGACUGCCUGGCGCUGCUGCUGGACUUCGCCUACACGGGCCAGCUGGGCGCCCUCAGCCCGGGCGGAGGGGCCGAGGAGCCGGAGCCGCCGCCCCCGGCGCCGCAGCCGCAGCUGGCCGAGCGCCUCCUGCGCGCCGCCGACCUGCUCCAGUUCCCGGCCGUCAAAGCCGCCUGCGGAGCCUGGCUGGCCGCCCGGCUGGAGCCCGCCGCCGCGCUGGACCUGCAGGACUUCGGCGAGACCUUCGCCUGCGCCCCGCUGGCCGAAGCCGCCCGCCGCUGCGUCCUGCGCCACGCCGCCGACCCGGAGGGCGAGCUGGGCGCCCAGCUGGAGCGCGUCCCGCUGGCCCGGCUGGUCUCCUACCUGCGCGAGGACGCGCUGCGCGUGCCCAAGGAGGAGGCCGCCUUCGCCCUGGCCCUGCGCUGGGUGCGCGCCGAGCCCGGAUCGCGCGCGGGGCUCCUGCCCCAGCUGCUGGCCCACGUGCGGCUGCCCUUCGUGCGGCGCUUCGCCCUCCUGGCGCAGGUCGAGGGGGAGCCGCUGGUGGCCCGCUCCCCGGCUUGCCUGCGCCUGGUGGCCGAGGCGCGGCUCUUCCAGGCGGGCCGCUUGGAUCGGCACGAGCGAUCGCCCUGCGCCCGGCUCCGCCCUCGCCCCUCCACGGGGCUGGCCGAGCUGCUGGUGGUGCUGGGCGGCUGCGACCGGGAUUGCGACGAGCUGGUGACCGUGGAUGGCUUCAACCCGCGCACGGGACACUGGCGCUACCUGGCCGAGUUCCCCGACCACCUGGGAGGAGGGUACAGCGCCGUUGCCCUGGGCAACGAUGUCUACGUCACCGGCGGCUCCGACGGCUCGCGCCUCUACGACUCCGUCUGGCGCUACAACUCCAGCGUGAACGAGUGGACGGAGGUGUCCCCCAUGCUGAAAGCCCGUGAGUACCACAGCUCGGCCGUCUUGGAUGGCCUGCUCUACAUCGUGGCGGCUGACAGCACCGAGCGUUACGACCACACGCUGGACAGCUGGGAGGUCCUGCAGCCCAUGCCCUACCCCAUGGACGACUGCUCCACCGUCACCUCCCGCGGGAAGCUCUACGCCACCGGCUCCCUGGCCGGCAAAGAGUCCAUGGUCAUGCAGUGCUACGACCCGGAGUCGGACCUCUGGACGCUGGUGAACUGUGGGCCUCUGCCCCCUUGGUCCUUCGCCCCCAAGGCGGUCACUCUGGGCGGGCUCAUGUACUUCGUCAGAGACGACUCAGCUGAAGUGGAUGUCUACAACCCCACCAAGAAUCAAUGGGACAAAAUCCCUCCGAUGCUCCAGGUGCACGUCGGAGGAAGCUUGGCCGUCCUAGGAGGCAAACUUUACGUCUCCGGCGGUUACGACAAUACUUUUGAACUCUCCAGCACGAUUGAAUCGUACGAUCCCGAGACCCGGAAAUGGAGCGUGGCCGGCCAAUUGCCGGAGCCCAUUUUUUGGCACAACAGUGUCAGUAUCUUCCGUCAGUUCAUGCCAACGGCUCUGGAGGAAGAGGAGGAGAAGCGGGCUCUGGAAGACCCCUUCGCCCCCAACCCUCCGCGACAAGACCUGCAGGAGCUGCGUUAAGGGGCUCGAGGGGUCGUCGGCUGUUGUGGUUUGUCGGUGGUCCGGUGGGACCCCUCGGGGUUAGAAGGCAGAGGGCACCCCGUUGCCGAAGUGGGUUGGCACACUUGGUCCUGUCCUAGCAGUUCCGCCAAUCUCCUCUUUGGCGAAUGCGGGAACGGGGUGGCAUUGCAGGGUGGUUCCUGAACGAUUAAUUGGGGGUGGAGGGUGGGCAGAGGUUUUGGGGUUCAGGCACGGGGGUGGAAGAGUGGGGGGAGCCAUGAAGGGAAGGUCUUCCAUGUGAGAAGGGUCAGAAAUGCGGCCUGGGGUGCAAAGCCAAGCCAGAACGUGUCCAUUCCCCUUUCUUGGCCUUGGACAGAAUUCAUAAGUCAAGUUUUCUUUACUGGUAAAAACAAAAAAAUCCUCUAAAAAUGAUAUUUUCCCUCCCCUGGGGUUGGGAUGGAUGACCUCAAGGGGAUCCUUCCUAGGUUCUGCUUGUCUGUCGUCACCCAGUCAGGUUGACCAGAGAUUCCGUCUUUCGACAUGGCAUGCCAUCCAUUCCUUGGUAUUUGCUAGGGGUGAGUGGGGGGAAUGGAUCGUGUUGCCUGUCCUCGCACUGAGUGACGGGGUUGGACUGGAUGUCCUUUACGGUGCCCACCCCACCCCCAUUUACAUUUCUGCCAUUCUGCAUCUGGAGAGAGAGAGAGAGGCCGUAAUAUUUUGAUUUUCCUGGAAGAAAUUGCACAUUGAGCCAGUGUGCCUUGGAGGCGAAAGGAAAGCCUCGUGUUAAUGCUUGGGUCAUAAACCAUGAAUGAUGGUUAUAAGGCGCGCCAGCUGGAAUUGAGCUGCCGUGCAGGAUGUGUGAACAGAAAAGCCUGUGUGUGCCAGUUGGCUCAACUGAACCCCAUUUUGGGUGUGCCUUAGAUUGAGGGGGGAGCCUUGAUUUUUUGCCCUAUGUGGCGUCACAAGGACCGAUCGAUUGCAUUUUAGGAGUGGAUUUUUUGCAAAAUUAAAAAAACGCGAAUAUGGUUUGUGGAUCCUCUGCAGGGCAAGGGGAUAUCCCCAGCAAAUUCCCUUCUUCCAGGUAGGAUAAUCCUGGUUAAUUUCAUUCACGGUGUGUUUCGUACCAGCCUGGCUUUCUUUACCCAGGCAACAGUCCAUUCAAUAAACCACAACUAAACCAACUUCCGCUUUAGCAAAAUGGCAACCAAGCCAAUGUGGUGCCCUUCCGUAUUGAUCCACUCAGAAAUUAUUUCAGCUUGUUUUUCCCCACUUGUUAAACUUUGGCAGGAAAAAAAGACAUUUUAAAUUUACCAAAUUAAGGGAUUUUUAAAGUUGCUUUAAAAAGAAAAAAAAGGCUGAAUUGACACCCUACCUCUGGCAUUCAUUCCUCAAGAGGACUAGCAUCUUGGGAAAAAUAAACGAUUACCUUUUGUAGUUUUUUUUUUAAAGACUAUUCCCCAUGGCCUGUAAUCUCUACGAUGGGAGAAAAGGAUAUUUUUAUAGACUUUUUAGUUUCUAUGCACUGACCCAGAAUGGAUGAAAACACAGAGACCGAAGCAGCAACGCAGGGCGGGGGGGAAUGAUUUCCUUCUUGCGUUGCUGCUUCGUUCUCCGUUUUACCCACUGCAACUCUGCAAUUGC